AUGUCUCAACAGUUACCUCUUCAACCUGAACAAGAAUUACCAAAAGCUUAUAAAGCUAAUUUGAUUUUUGAUAAAAAUCAAGAUCUUAGUAAACAUGUGUUUAAAACUUGCUUGAAUAAAAUUUGUAAAGAUGAUCCAAGAGAAAAAUCAAUCUUUUUGAUAAAACUUAAAGAAUUUUAUCAACUUAGAUAUGAUAUGAUGACUGAGAUAGAAUUUAAUUGUAAUUUAGUUUAUAACAGAGAAGAUUCAAAUUAUGAAAAAGCCAAGAAUUGUAAAGAAAAGAUUUUACAUAGUCCUAAAUAUGAAGCACAACAAGAAUAUGAUUUUGUGAUUGAUGCAUAUUUUAAGCAUUUAUCAGAGCUUGAAUCAAGAGUUAAA